AUGGUGCGCGAGCAGCUCAUCGUCAGUGCUGUCUCAUUUCUGCAAGAUCCCUCUGUCGCUUCAGCUCCGGUUGACCAACGAAUCGCUUUCCUCCGCUCCAAGAACUUGACCCAAGAAGAGAUCGACCUUGCUCUACAACGCGCCGGCUCAGAACCACCUACUUCCCNNCCCCCUUCACAAGCACAAGUACAGCAAUAUCAAAGCCCACCACCUCAACAAUACAGCCAGAAUGCCUACUGGCAACAACCUCCACCACCGCCUCCCGAGCUGCCGCGACGUGACUGGCGGGAUUGGUUUAUCAUGGCAACUGUAGUGNGGGGUUUGGGUUUCGGCGCCUACACUGUCGCAAAGCGUUAUAUCUAUCCUUUGAUUGCUCCACCUACACCGCCGCAGCUCGAACAAGACAAGGCUGCCGUCGAUGCCUCUUUCGAGAAAGCCUUUGCCCUGCUGGACCAACUCGCAACAGAUACACAAGACCUCAAGUCGUCUGAGCAGGCUCGUACAGAGAAGCUUGAUACUGCCCUCUCUGAGGUCGAGUCGGUCAUCGGCCAACUCAAGGAUGCGAGCAGAAGGCGAGACGAUGAAGGAAGGAGACUGAAUGACGAAAUCCGUGGGCUAAAGGAUAUGAUCCCUGCUGCCAUGGACGCACAGAAGAAGUCAGCUGAUCAGCGUUUGGCCGAUCUGGCUACCGAGAUGAAGAGUCUGAAGACAUUGAUCAACAACCGCAUGACGGCGCCGGCACCAAGAAGUCCCAACCCCUCUGCUCCUACCUUUAACCCUGCCACCGGAAGCGGUGUUGCAGCUGCAAGUGCAGUAUCGGCACCGGAGCCUUCUGCGGCAGAAUCCACAUCCACACCGACUACAGAUACCAAGUCUUCGGUCCCCGAUCGUUCUUCUACGUCCAGUCCUUAUGGACGCUCAAUGAACGGACGUGCUGCCAUACCUGCGUGGCAAUUGGCUGCCAACAAGAAGAAUCAGGAAGCCAAGGAGAAGAGCGGCACUGUCGAGACCCCUGCUGAGAAUGCCACUGCUUAA